AUGAUACGUUCCAGUGCGUUUAUCAGUCGAUUGCCCUUACGUGGUAUUGCAGCAGCUACCUUUAACAAUAGUAGAGCGCUGUUGCAAUCACCUCCCAGCUCAGCAGCAUUGCAAACAACACAGGUUCGCUACCGAUCGACACCGAUCAACACGGUGAUAAUGUUUGUGCCACAGCAAGAGGCAUGGAUCGUUGAGCGGAUGGGCAAAUUUCAUCGCAUCCUUGAACCAGGUCUGAACGUACUAUUGCCCGUCGUGGACCGCGUAAAAUAUGUACAAAGUCUAAAGGAAAUAGCGAUAGACGUACCGAAACAAUCGGCCAUUACUUCCGACAACGUAACGCUCAGUAUCGACGGUGUGCUGUAUCUACGCAUUCUCGAUCCAUAUCUCGCAUCGUACGGUGUGGAAGAUCCAGAGUUCGCAAUUACUCAGCUCGCCCAGACAACGAUGCGAUCCGAGCUGGGCAAGAUGUCACUGGAUAAAGUGUUCCGGGAGCGAGAAUCGCUUAACAUUAGCAUCGUGGAAUCGAUCAAUAAGGCAAGUGAAGCUUGGGGCAUCUCUUGUUUGCGAUACGAAAUCCGUGACAUUAAGUUACCGAGCCGAGUGCACGAAGCGAUGCAAAUGCAGGUCGAAGCGGAACGACGGAAACGGGCUGCCAUUCUCGAGUCGGAAGGUGUUCGGGCGGCGGAUAUUAACGUAGCGGAGGGUAAACGGCAGUCCCGCAUUCUAGCAUCCGAGGCCCAAAAGCAGGAAGAAAUCAAUCGGGCAAAUGGUGAGGCAGCUGCCAUUAUGGCAUUGGCCGAUGCCCGCGCAAAAAGUCUAAAAAUUGUUGCUCAAUCUCUUUCGAGCGAACAUGGUCGAAGUGCGGCUUCGCUUAGCGUGGCCGAGAAGUACGUGGUGGCAUUUGAGAAAUUGGCCAAGCAAAACAAUACCCUCAUCGUUCCGUCGACCGCAUCCGAUGUGACCUCGAUGGUGGCGCAAGCAAUGCAGAUCUAUAACAAUCUCUCCAAUACCUCAGCUAUUUCCCGAGCAUCCGGUUCUUCGACGGCCGGAGACCAACAGCGUCGGAGUGUGGACGAUGCACAGCACGUGCUGGGUACGCUUAAUGAAACAAGUUCAAAACUCGAUGCCACACUGCCACCACUGGACAGCCAUCAUCAUGGGGACAACAGCAUGGGGGGAUCUUCAACGAAAUAA